CUCACAUUUAUAAGUCAUCACACCAAGGCAAGUAAAGUAUGGGAAGCCCCCCUGCAUUUCCUUGUGAAUCUGAAGCGCCCUGGAGCGUUAAGAACUCCGCCCCCCUCCUCACACACCUCUCGAUCUCUUCCUGUAUAAUAUUAAAUAUAUAGUCUUCAUCGAUUUCUUCUCCAAUAUAUAUAUACUGUACACAAGGGAGCUAUCCUUAUCAAAUCAUCAUGAAGCUAGACUCCCACAUCAGCAUUGUGCUGGAAGCAGAUGAGGGAAAGCGGAAGGAGAUGGGGCCGUUGUCGGAUGAUCAUCUUCAGCAAGAUCAGGCCGGGAAAGAAGAUGCCACUACUCCGAAGCUUUCCCUGUUCUCACUCCCCAGGAAGCCCCCUGAGCCGCCGGGGAUGGUGACGCCCCCGCUCAACACGACGGUCUCCGUCCCCUUCCAGUGGGAGGAGGCUCCUGGGAGGCCCCGCCCCUCCUGCACCAGAGACUCCAAGCCCACUAGCGCCAGGUGCUUGGAGCUGCCUCCGAGGCUGCUGAAUGAGGCGAAAGUCACGAACAUGCCUUCCCCGACGACUGUCCUUGACGGACCCUACGUGGGCCGCUCGCUGUCCAACACAUGGUCGUUCCGGAUUGGAGGGUCGUUCAGGAGCCCCGACGGGGUUAGCAAGAAAUCAUCUGAAGUCAAGGACAAGGUCUUGCUCUUCAGUUCCACCCGGUGGGCCCCUCUCAUCAAGGAAAAGAGUGGAGCUGGUGGUGCCGAAGAAGCAAACGAUGAUCCAUUCUCCAUUCUCGAAGAAGCCAGUGACGGCUUCUUCGGUGGCACUGCCGGCGCCGAGCCGAAGGCGAAAAUAACAAGGGUGAAGAGGAGAGGCAGUUUGUUGAGCCUCUCACAUGGCAAGUCACACUUGUGGGCAAGCAUUUAUGAGAGCAUUAAGCAGGUGGUCCCAUGGAGACGGAGGCAGAGGAAGAGUACUGUUGGUGAUGUUCAUGAUCAUGAUCAGGAGAGGCCAGGUUAAGUACAUAUAGCCUUCCCCGGCCUGGCCCUGCUUGAUGUAUCAUCAAAUCACAUCACAUCAUCAUCAUCUCUAAUUUCAAAUACUAAAGAGAAGGGGCAAAUCCAACCGUUGGAUCUGCUGACUUCUAUAUGUCUGCAGUCAACACCAGUACUCGUUUACUUGGUCAACCUGUUCCCUUGUACAUACAGCUCAAGGGGGAAGGGUUAGUGUUAAAACUGUUUAAUUAAUUACUUAUCCUCCACAGUGUCCUAUGUCGGCUCAAGCGGAUUGGUUUUGACUUUUCCUCACCAAUUAUAUGAGGUAGCUACCAAAUAAUUGGGAGUUAAUUAGUCAAAAGUUCCGCGUGCAUUUGAGGAAAUUUGUUUGCAGAUGUGACUGACCUUGGUGGAAAAUUUAGAGCCACAACUAAAGUAGUCUUUGUUUUAAAUGAUUCGGUAUUUAUUCUCCUUAAA